GUUCUCCAUCCUGUGCCCCUCCCCUUUGGGCCUUUAUGCACAGAGAGACUGGCAUGCAUUCACUCACUGUCCAAUGCAUGCAUGCCUUCGUUAGUUAUCCAUGGUGGCCUAUGUUUUAGCCAUAUGCCUUGCAGUGUUGCUUGCAACCCAUGAUCACUCUUUAUUCCUAUCCUAACUAGAAAACCUUGGGCAGAGAAGGAUGGAAGAGGAACCUGAAAGAACCAAACGAUGGGAGGGUGGUUAUGAAAGGACAUGGGAAGUGCUGAAAGAAGAUGAAUCUGGGUCCCUGAAGGCCAGUGUAGAGGAUAUUCUCUUCAAGGCCAAGAGGAAACGAGUUUUUGAACAUCAUGGACAGGUUCGACUUGGCAUGAUGCGCCACCUGUAUGUUGUGGUUGAUGGAUCAAGGACAAUGGAAGAUCAAGACUUAAAACCCAACAGGCUGACUUGUACCUUAAAGUUAUUGGAAUAUUUUGUUGAAGAAUACUUUGAUCAAAAUCCAAUUAGUCAGGUUGGCAUUAUUAUAACUAAAGGCAAAAGAGCUGAAAAACUGACAGAACUAGCAGGGAAUCCAAGGAAACACAUAACUGCUCUGAAAAAAGCUGUGGAUAUGACCUGCGCAGGAGAGCCUUCCCUAUAUAAUGCCUUAAAUCUGGCUACACAGACAUUAAAACAUAUGCCAGGACACACAAGUCGAGAGGUUUUAGUAAUAUUCAGCAGCUUGACCACAUGUGAUCCCUCCAAUAUAUAUGAUCUUAUUAAGUCUUUAAAGAUGCUUAAGAUAAGGGUGUCUGUUAUUGGCCUCUCUGCUGAAGUCCGAGUUUGUACUGUACUUGCCCGGGAAACUGGUGGAACAUACCAUGUCAUUUUAGAUGAAAGCCAUUAUAGGGAACUAUUGAUGCACCAUGUAAGUCCACCACCAGCAACUUCAGGUUCUGAAAGCUCCCUAAUUCGAAUGGGCUUCCCUCAGCAUACUAUUGCAUCUUUGACUGAUCAGGACGCAAAACCAUCUUUUAGCAUGGCGCACCUGGAAAACAGCAGUGAGCCAGGUCUUACAUUGGGAGGGUAUUUCUGCCCCCAGUGUAGAGCCAAAUACAGUGAACUUCCUGUGGAGUGCAAAGUUUGCGGUCUUACGUUAGUAUCUGCACCUCAUCUGGCUCGAUCUUACCAUCAUCUCUUUCCUUUGGAUGCCUUUCAGGAGGUCCCUCUGGAAGAGUAUACAGGAGAACGCUAUUGUCAAGGAUGUCAUGGAGGAAUCGGAGACCAACACGUCUACAUCUGUAAAGAAUGCCAGAGUGGUUUUUGUGUGGAUUGUGACAUUUUUGCUCAUGAAACACUGCACUGCUGUCCAGGUUGCAUUCACAAGCCUCCUACUUCCUCUCCCUCUCCCUCUACUUCUGCCUCUGCCUCUACCUCUACGUGAUGUCCGUCCGCUUCACCAUCACUCUUGUUACUCCUGUGGCCUGAGUAUCCACUUAAUAUUUGGUGAAGGAGAUUAAACAUGAGUUAGAGUGCCUGGCUGUAUUCUUAUGUAAAUAUUUUCACACUCUUUAGAUAAUAAUUGUGCUUGUACACUGUAACUUGUUUUUGAAGAGUUUUAUUUGUGUUGUAAUAGCAAUUUUGUAUUCCUGAGUACAAAACUGAUAAAUUUAAUAUGAAAGUGUUCAA